UGCGGUAACCGAGUGAGCCAAAUGACCCGCGCGUACGAUGACAUCGAUGCCGUAACGCGCCUGCUGGAAGAGAAGGAAAAGGACCUGGAGCUGACGGUGCAGAUCGGCAAGGAGUUGCUGGCGCAGAACACACACCUGGAGAACCGGGUCACCGAGUUGCAGCAGGAGCUGCAAAGCACGAACGAAAACCUGGCCCAGCUGUCGCACGAACUGCACCAGAAGAACGAGCUGAUCGGCAUCCUGACGAACGAUGCGGACGAUACGAGCGAAAAUGUUACUCCUACGGCAUCGAAAUCCAUCAACCUGGAGCUGCUCCAGCGCAAGGUGAAGACACUGGAGGACGAAAACAAAUCGCUGCGCGUCGAGGCGGCCCAACUCGUGCAGGAAACGGACGAAUGCGAGGAGCAGGAGCGCAAGCUGAUGGCCGACAUUGCGAACCAGCUCACCACGGCCAACAGUGAGUUCGAUGGAUUGAAUUUGGAGCUCGAGCGGUUGAAGGAAGAAAAUCGGCUACAGCAUGAGCAAAUCAUCAGCCUCACCGGGCGGCUGGCGGAGGCCGAGAUACGGCUCCAUCAGGUGACGUCCGAGAACGAGGAAGCCUCCUCGCUGCUAUGCAUCACCAAAGAGAACCAAAACCUGCUGGCCGGCGAGUUGUCCGAGUUCAAGCUGCGCUACCAGGAGGUGCUCAGUUUGCUGCAGGAAACGCAGGAGCAGCUGCGCCGCCAGCGGAAGCGCUCGCAACCGAUGGCCAGAAGCUCGCUCAUCCCGGGCAUCACCAUGCCAGCCGCUCCGGAUUCCCUGCAGUGUGAGUUGAUGGAAAGUUCGCUCUACUCGGAGCACAGCCUCGACUCGGGCAUCGAGUCCGUGCGGGGAGGUGCGCUGGGUGGCUCAUCACAGGCGGUGCCGCCGUACCGGAAGGUAUUCGAAACCGUGCGUUCCGCAAGUCGAGCAAACUCGAACGGUUUUAGCGACAGUUUCAGUUCCACGCUCGGUGCGAUGACGAUGAGCUCUUCCGCUCAGCCGCGCAUGGCACCGUACGUUUAUCCGGGUCUCGGAGGAACGGUUACCGCCACCAUGUACGGUGGCGGGGCAGGCAGCUCACUCGGUGGUCGUUCCUAUUCGCGCGAAAGUCUCGCCACCGACUCAGACGACGGCUAUCCGGGGCCGGCCCAAGCCGGCAUCCCCGGUACUCCGGGUGCUAAGGAUCUGGAGGCGGCCCUCAAGCGCCUAACGCCGGCGGAGGUGUUAGCGCGCCGGGCGAUGCUACAGCACGCCCCACUCGGUACCUACAGCUACGAUGAGCAACCGUCCGGUAUGCCGCUCGGGUGCCGCACCCCGGACAGUAUUAUGUCGACCGGUUCCUCGGGACUUUCGGGUCUGUCGUCCACCCAGUGGCGGUUGCCCGAGAAGCUGCAGAUCGUGAAACCGAUCGAAGGCUCCCAAACGCUGCACCAUUGGUCACGGUUGGCCACACCGACCCUGAGCGGGUUGCUGGAGGAGCGCCCCGGUGUGACGAUACGCGGUGGCCGUGGGCUUGACGAGCUGGGCCUCCAAACGUACUCUCUGUCGGACGUGGAAGAGGACGCCGAGGAGCAGCCCGGAAAGCGGUUCCAGUCCUUCGGUUGCACGUACACAUACACCAACAGCACGGUACUGCAUCCGGACGAUGGUACGACGGCUGUCGCGUUCAGCUUGCCACCGUCCCAGAUGUCCUCCCAGAUGGCGUCCGAGUGUCCGUCGCGGCAACCGACGGCUCCCUCGACACCGCGGUCGAGCCUUUCGCGUCGAAACUCGUGCUCGACGUUUAGCGUUAACCUCGGGCUGGCGUCGAUGCUGAAUGAGCGUGGCAUCAAGGCGGUCACUCCCAGUGCGCUUAACACCCCGGCCGGGCCAAACUUUUCGCCCACCGUCACGCCCUGUAACAGUCCCGAUGGUUCACCAACCCGCCAAAUGUCCCCAGAGCCUCCGCUCCUGUCGGGACUGCUAGCAUCCGGGGCCGACAUCCUUCGCAAGCGAUUCGCCGCUACAAACGACGGAGCUGGAGAAGGUUCUAGCAGCACCAUCGGAACCACCAACGUGGGCGCUGUCAGUGAGCGGCCCUCGAGGAUAAUUUCCCGCAAUAAGGUGGCCCUGUCGCGGCUCGAAAAGAAAGCCCUUCGAUCGAUCAAGAUCAUGGAGAAGGUGGAGAGCAUCGGACUGGAGAACAUCAUGUUACCUGCGCAUCCCCACGGACCCGGCAUUAGCCCUCUGGCACUGCACGGCUCAUCGGCCCUCUACACGUCGACCGGACGUGGCCGUAGUCCGAUGGCCCAGCUGACAAGUUUGAAACACCUCCAGGAUCAACGUCGUAAGCAGCAGCAGCAGCAACCGCAAGACGAGCUGACGAUCGACAAGGAAACGAUCAAAGCCGUGCUGAGCAAGGGUCUGUCUCACGACAGUCUCAAGAGUAUGGCCAGCAGCGGUAUUAGCAGCAGUGGAGCGCUGUCUUCUUCCUCCUCCGGUUACUCCGACUCGGAUACUUCCUCCGUCGCCAGCGAUCUGUCUGAUCACCACCACCUCGGACGGGUAGCCGGGAAAGAACCGCCGAUGGAAAGUGCAACCGGUGCGCCUACUUCUUCACCGACGACGGCUGCACGACUGAAGCAAAUGCAGCGCCAGAAAUCGCGCCGCAGUUUGCUGAACGGGGCCAACGGUGGCUCGCAGCGGCCCGACCUCGGCACCGUCAACGGCAGCAAUCGGACAGCCGGUAUUCGGUCCGAUCUUGGCACGGUAGCGAGUGGAAAGACGGCCUCCAGUAACAAGACCGCCAGUGCGGCACCACCACAAGCGAAGGAAGAAGCAAGUCGUUCGCUCGGACAAAGUGUUUACGGUACCAUCAGCUCGCUGCUGUUCGGUCGUAAGGGAGGACUGCUUUAAGAGUGUGCAACUAUAGUGUAACACCCAGAGGGUGCUUGGCCAAGACUCUAGAGCAGAGCGAGAGGUGAACAUGCUCUGAAAUAUCCUGUUUUUUGGGGGUGGGAAGAUCUAAAGCUAGUAUUCAAUAUCACGGACGCCUUUUAGAGAGGGUCUGCUUCGUCGUUUACAUUAGGUUUUUACUGCUUUAGGCUUGUGCCUUUUGCCCUCGACUGUCGUCGGGGAUAAGAAAGCAAUCUUUUCUUUUCGUUUCUCGAUAACAUUUUCUUUAAUUGAGUGAUUAUCUUUUAUCACUCGCUUUGCACUGUACUGUACUUACUUCUGAUCGUCCCAAGCGUCUGUGAAAUGUUUCACACCUGAACGAUUCAUCUUUUUAUUGAAAUCCACGCCUUUGGACCGUGUUGUGGCACCGUGACUUCUGUGUGAAACCGUCGUAAACAAAGCUCGAUUCAACUCGUUCAUCUUUAAAUCGCUUUCGCCGCGUAGCAAAUCCCUGCGAUUGUGAAAAAAAACUGCCAAUAAUAGGCUUAAACGCGUCAGUAUUUCGUGUAAGCGACGCUCAUCGUCGGUCGUCUUUGAGUAGAUAAUAUUUCAAACAUUCCAGUGAGAUCGAAGUUUGUUCGCUAUAUCCGAGGACCACACUUUGUCUCACUGCCUUCCGUUAGUAGUGGUUAGAUAUGCCCGGUUUGACAAAAACUUCCCCGCAAUCUUGUUCUUCGUUUAAACUUCCACAUUAGUCAUAGUCGCUACGCACGCUAAUUGAAACGCCGAACGGCAAAGCAGAUUUAGAGGAGAAAACGAGAGUUCCAACUUCACAAAGCCUCCUUGCUUCUUCGAGUUCGGCAUUCGGCAAAUAUGAAUCGAGUGUUGUUGACUGUUUCACUCCGAAGUGGUGCCCUUCGAAGCGGGCCUUGCCUGCAUGUGGAUCAAUGCAAUUCAUUAGGAAGGACCAACAUUUGACGUAAUUUCUAGUCGAACAAACAACGAAUAUGCAAUAAGACUUUUUUUUUCAAAAAUUGUUCAUUCUCUAAUCGCCGUUGCUUCCCAACCCGGAAGAGUUCGCAUAUUUCUUCAUUUUUUUUCCUCCCCAUUUCCAAAUGCGUACGAAUUCAACUUCCCGAAACAGGAUAAUCAUGUCCCGGUUCCGAUCCUUUCCGUUAUUCAUCAGGAAAGAUUCGUGCUAACCAUCGAUGGGACAGUAUUCGCCCAGUAACAACAUUCAGCGGCUCCGAAAGCAGCUGAUGAGAGCUCACCAAUAACUUUCUGUCCUUCGAACACACACAAUAUACGAUUGCUCCCUGCUUUCUAAUGCUGCACCUAUUUCUGAAAUGUAUCGUUGGUGCGAUAUAUCUUUUGCAAAACACUCUUCUUUCCGAGACACAAAGACCAUGUCGUCGGCAGUUGACUCACACGCUCUGGAAAUGGGUUAUUAAAAAUGGGGAAGAUGCGAACAUUGAAGUGGACAUGUUGAUAUUGUCGUAACAAUAUCGUGCCGAGCAGUGGUAUCUUACUAAACGAUGACUGGUUGCGGUAUUUUAGUCAUGUUUUCAGUAGACAGUCUUUUUUCUAUCAUAAAAUAAUCGCCAUGCGGAUGCUGAUCUUAGUUAGUUCGGAAAACUAUCAACUAUACGCUUUAGCUUCGUUUAGAACACAUCAGGCAACAUCUUUGCAGUGCUCUGAGUGGCGGGGCCGUAGAUAGAAGACAUUAUUUUUAGAAAGAGGAGCUUGAAGUGCUGCCUCCCGUUUAACAGUGAGAAACAUUUUGUAGAUUUUGUAGCUAUUGUUUCUUUACCCUUCUGCUAUUCUGCUCACUCUGUCCUCUACUUUCCACCAGCCUAUGAACAUCACAUAAACACGCACAACAAAAGUAGCGACGAAGGAGAACAAUUUGUAUUUGUUCAUGGAAGAUUUUGUUUCAUUUUUCUCGGUGCUGUGAAAUAGAAAAGAGAGAACGUGGAGAAUAAGAGCCAACAAGUGUUAGUAUUGCAGUAUUGCAGAAAAACCGCGAAAACAAAAAAUCAAAUUGUUAAUCCAACUGACGAGGAUGAGAUAGGCAAGAGGGAUAAAGUUAAACGCGUGUGUUGUUGAAGAGAAACUGUACAGAGCGUUGAUUUUAUGAUCAGCGCGAAUGGAUGAGCCACAGGGGGUGGGAUACGAUCGAUUGCGGAAGAAAGGUUAUAGCUUGUGAGAGAAAGACACAAACGUAAAGGCUCUAGGACUAGGGUGUGCCGAUGUGUAGAUAAAUAAUUUAAACAGAGUUCAAGUUCACAACGGAAAGCGACAAACAGUAAUCUGUAAACACACAUGCAUACAUAAACACACAAGAGUUUGUUACGCCGAUAGGCUGUAACGAGAAAGUUAAGUAUUUAUUUUUAUAUAGAAGAAUGAAAUAAACGAUUCAAAUAAAGAAAACAAACGAACGUCAUACAAAUUGGUCGAUAAGGUGAAAGGCAAAGGAAAAAUGAACUCGAACAAGUAAGUCCUUAUUAUGAUGAUGCCUAAGCGAAAAAUUACUACUUAAAGUACUUAACGCUAGAGUUCUACUACCAUUAACAACAUUUCGUAUUCAAUCAAGCAAGAGCUUUUAGUUUUUUCCUAUUAACAUGAAACUGUGAAAUGAAUUUUAGUAUGCAAGCGGAUUUAGUAGAAAGCAGAAGCAUAAAGCAGCGCUCCUCUGAAUCCAUCAAAGCACCUCGUAGAGACUCGUUUCUAUCCGAUUUUUACUCAUUUUUAGUUCCCAACAGCGUGCAUGUGGAGGUUGAAACUGCAAAUGAUAACGUGGAUAAGGUAAACUCGUUAAAAAUCGUUAAACGAUGCAGAUUGCGUGAUGGUGAAAACGGGUGCUUGGAGCACGGUUCAUCAUGCCACUCAAUG